AGGCGCAUCUUCGCGUUGCGCGGACACCAUCCGGCGGCGGCUGUAGGGCCAGGGCGUGCGAUCCGAGCCGAUGAGGGGUGAGCAGGGCCUCUCCCGGGCUUCGGGAGAGGACGAGCAGGGAUGCGCCGGUUCCGCCCCGCCCGCGGUGACGCGUGGCGCGCGGUGAGCCCAAAGCCCGGGAAUCGGGCUCAGACAAAGGCUGCGGGGGCAGGGCCGGGCCAGUCCAGCUCUGGCAAAAGCAUCACCAGGACGCUGCAGAGGUGGCUGCUUAGGAUAAAUACCUGGAGCCUCCAGCUGCUUGCGGAGGAGACAGAUGGAGCUCAAGAUGGGAAGGAAGUGUUCCUUGAGAGCCUUGACAUUGAAAGGUCCAGACUCGGCUUUUGGUACUGUAUGUGCCCUGGAUUCCUGAGAGGGAGGACACUUGUACACCUGUGAAGCCUACAUUUAGAGUUUCCUGCAGUUUCCUCAUCAGUAGUGGACAAGCCCAAUCAGAACUGUCCACCUUGUGGAGAGUCCCCCAGAAAGGAGUGCUGAAGUCAUCAUGCUGCAGCGGCCCCUCAUCACCCUGCCCAACGAGCCCAGCACCUGGGUCAAGUUGCACCAUCCAAGGAAGGCCAAGGAGGGGACGCCCCUGUGGGAGGACUUGACUAAGAUGUUUGAAGGAGAAGCUCUGCUCUCUCAGAAUGCUGAUGAGACCCAGGGAGAAAGUUUUGAGAAUGAAGUGAUCCCUGUGCCCCCAAUAGCAGAAUCCCAGGAACUGUUAACCUUCAAGGACGUAUCUGUGGACUUCACCCAGGAGGAGUGGGGGCAGCUGGCCCCUGCUCACCGGAAUCUGUACCGGGAGGUGAUGCUGGAGAACUAUGGGAACCUGGUCUCAGUGGGGUACCAGCUUUCCAAACCUGGUGUGAUUUCCCAGUUGGAGAAAGGAGAAGAACCCUGGCUGAUGGAGAGAGAUAUUUCAGGAAGUCCAACUUCAGACUUGGAGAGUAAAACAGAAUGCAGAGAGUCAACCUUAAAGAAUGAUAUUUUGUGGAAAGAAUUACACCAUGGCCUGAUGAUGGAAAGAUCCACAAGAAGAAGGACCUUGUAUUCCACAUUUGGAAGAGUCUCCAGAUGUGAUAAGUUUGAAAGCCACCAGGAAAACCAAGGAAUGGGUGAGGGGCAAAUUCCCUUGAUCCACAAGAAAAUGCUCACUCAGGGGAGAGGCCAAGAAUCUAACAGAUUUGAGAAAAGUAUUAAUGUGAGCUCAAAAGUUAUUCCAGGCCCAGUAGGUCCUCCAAGAAAAAGAGACCAUAAAUAUGACAAACGUAGAAGGAGAAAUAGAUACAAUUUAGAUUUGAUUAAUCAUUCAAGGAGUUAUACAAGAAUGAAAACCUUUGAAUGUAGUAUUUGUGAAAAAAUCUUCAAACAGCUCAUUCACCUUACAGAACACAUGAGAAUUCAUACUGGAGAGAAACCUUUCAGAUGUAAAGAAUGUGGAAAAGCCUUUAGCCAAAGUUCAUCCCUUAUUCCACAUCAGAGAAUCCAUACUGGUGAGAAACCCUAUGAAUGUAAGGAAUGUGGGAAAACCUUCAGACACCCGUCAUCUCUUACUCAGCAUGUGAGAAUUCAUACUGGGGAGAAGCCCUAUGAAUGUGGUGUGUGUGAGAAAGCAUUCAGCCAGAGCAUUGGGCUGAUCCAGCAUGGGAGAACUCAUGUUAGAGAGAAACCUUUUACAUGCAAAGACUGUGGAAAAGCAUUCUUUCAGAUUAGACACCUCAGGCAACAUGAGAUUAUUCACACUGGUGUGAAACCCUAUAUUUGUAAUGUAUGCAGUAAAACCUUCAGCCACAGCACAUACCUAACUCAACACCAGAGAACUCAUACUGGAGAAAGACCAUAUAAAUGUAAGGAAUGUGGGAAAGCCUUUAGCCAGAGAAUACAUCUUUCUAUUCAUCAGAGAGUACACACUGGAGUGAAACCUUAUGAAUGCAAUCAUUGUGGGAAAGCCUUUAGGCAUGAUUCAUCCUUUGCUAAACAUCAGAGAAUUCAUACUGGAGAAAAACCUUAUGAUUGUAAUGAAUGUGGAAAAGCCUUCAGCUGUAGUUCAUCACUUCUUAGACAUUGCAAAACACAUUUAAGAAAUACCUUCAGCAACAAUAUGUGAAAUAUGUUCAACAUCAAAAAAUCCUCAUAUUGGGACAAAAGCCUCUAAAUUAGUAGUUUUCUGACUUUUGGAUUUUAAGAACCAAUAAUAUUUUUUAUUGGUUUAACCAAAUGUUACAACUAUUAUUAGUUUUGCCAUAUUUAAAAAAAAACACAAAACACCUAUUAUCAGCAUUGUUUCAGAAAAGCAAGGGCAUUUAAAAUACAGGAGAGGUAUAAUCAUAAAGAACAGCCCUUUACAUUGAAUUAAGUCAGCUUUAUGAAAAUCUCCUAAAUUUGUCUUUAUUUUUCUCAUUUUACUGUGGGCCAGUGAAAACUUCAUUAUGGCAGGUCAGUGAUCUGUGGACUGGCUUUUGAGAAUCACUGUUUUAAAUAUGCCUUUAAUGUAUCAAAACAACUUUUACUAUAGCGCUUUAUAUGGCUAGAAGAGGUAUAAAUAAAAAUAUUGGUUGGCUCAUUUCUGGAAGAAAUAAUGUUAAAAGAAGCUUUCUAGAACUGAUAGAUAAUCUACUAUCCAUGAGGUCCUUUAUAUAUUUUAUGGUUUCUUAUAGAGAAGAAUUGGCAAACCUUUUCCAUAAAGGGCCAGAUAGUAAAUAUGUUAGGUGUUGUGGGCCAUUAGGUAUCUGUCAGAAAUACUCAACUCUACCAUACGUAAACCAGGGUAUCUCAACCUUGGCAUUGCUGAUAUUUUGGGCUGGAUACUUUCUUAUGGGCAGCUGUCCUAUGCACCGUUUAGCAAUAUCUCUC